UUCCUUUCACUUGAAACCAAACAAAGGAAUUACGAGAAUAUGAUGAAGCGGUACCCGCAGCGGUUCCGAAGCCAUGCGGUGUGGAACCUGAGUCAACGAAGCGAUUCCUCAACAGACUCCAGUGAUGAGGAAGAAGGGAGGGGCACCCCCUCGCCCCCUUUCACCGACAAUGACUCCGGGAGCGAAGGAGAGUCGGAAAGUUCACAGUCGGAAUCGGAGCCCGAGAUGCCCAGCGGGAAAGCAAGCUUUAGAAUCUUGGCCAGGAAAGUUCGCGGGAACUCGCUUCUAAAGUUAGUGAACUCCAAGCAACCUGAUAUAGAGAAAGCCAAAAGUCUCCUGCAGAACCUCACCCCGGAACAGAUCUCAAAGGAGAUAGCCACAAAGGAUGGGAGGGGUAACAGUAUUAUCCACUAUGCCUGUAUGAAGGUCUUGAUACCUUGGGUUGAGAUGCUCAUCCAUCAUGGGGCAGAUCUUAAUGUGAGGGGAGCAGGCGGGAAGAGGCCUAUACACCUUGCUGUCAGAGACAAAGCUAGGCUAGAAGGACAGGCAAAGGAUAAAGCUCAGUUGAUUGAACUGUUGGUUGCUAAUAAGGUGCAGGUGAAUGUCAAGGACAAUCAAGGUCAGACUCCUCUCCAGCUGGCGUGUAAAUAUGAUGGUCAGAAGAUGGUGGUCAGAGCUCUACUUUCACAUCCAGAAAUCCGUGUGGAUCAACCGGUCAAGUUCGGAAGGGUCAAUUCAACCCUUCUCAAUAUCCUCUGCCACAACGGUCAGUUUGAGAGCGCCCUCUUGCUUCUGAAGCACGGAGCCAAUCCCCUCUCCGUCAACGCCGCCAAGAACACCCCCCUCUACAUCAUCCUGAAGAAAGGCAACGUCAAGUACGCUCUGCGGUUCCUUUCAGGCUGUCAGCAUAGAGGAUGUGACAUGCGGAAGAUAUUGCUAGCUCAGAACAUCUAUCAGAAGACGGUGCUGCACCAGGUUAUCAAGACGGGUAAUGAGAUGCUAAUCCGGUGCUGUAUGUUCCAUGUAAGUCCAGAAGAUCAAAAGGAGGGUGCCUCUGCCAAUUAUCUCAUGGACGUCAAGUCUCGCUACGGAUCAACCAUCAUGCACACAGCCUGUAAACAAGGACACCUAGAUAUCCUCCAUAUGCUCCACGACCUUUGCCCUCUACUCCUCGACGCGAAGAACUCAAAGGGAUUGACCCCGCUGCAUUAUGCCUGCAGGGGAAACUAUGCCGAGGUCACCGAAGAAAUAUGCAUCAUGUAUCAAAGUCAUGACAAGGAGGUGAAGCUGAAUCUUAACGAUUAUGAAGUUGACGGAUCUCCAUCUCUGUUGAAGUUCACUGCUUUGAAAGGAUCUAGCGAUAGCCUGGUUGUCCUUCUCAAACACAUCAAAGAUUCAUCCAUCCUGAUUGAGCUCAUCAAAUGGAUCUCGGUCGAAAAAAAUCUUUCUUUGGUGCUACAGGAAUUGCUGAACCGGUUUGAUGACAUCAGUACAGGAUGUGAAUCUAUGGAGAUGGAGAAGAUUAUCCUGCUCUGUGCAGCCAAGGGACAGACAGAGAGCCUUUUGGAGUUUGCAUCAUGGCACAGGCGUUCUCUCCAUCUGAAAGACCCCCAAGAGAACAGUAUCAUGCACCUGAUUGCCCAAGGGGGUCAUUUAGACACGGCAAAAGCUAUCCUGAAGAACCAGGACGACGAUGAUGUCAGACUCUGUGAACAGAAUAUUUUAGGACAAACGCCGCUUCAUCUUUCGAUCAAAAAAGGCCAUAAACUAACCACCAAGCUUCUCCUGAAGACUGACAAGUCGCUUGUGACAAUUCAAGACAACAAAGGGAUGACCCCAUUGAUGUAUGCCUGUAAGAUAGGGAAUAUUCUGAUUGUGGAGAUGCUACUUGAGCAGGAUCAGGACCAAAUCAAGUUCUUUGAGUGUGACGCGAAGGGGAGGAAUUGCUUGGACCAUGCGAUCCGUAAUGGUCAUGAAAUGGUUGCUGUAACUCUGUUAUCACAAGAGAAGUGGCGGUAUCUGAUGACUCAUUCUACCGGCGAAGGAGCAAACAAAACUACCCCUAUGAGGAAACUUAUCACAACUAUGCCAGGUGUAUGCCGUUUUGUCCUCGAUAAAUGCAUCACAAGACUGACGGAUACCGACAUUGACGAUGCAACAUCUGUAAAGAUCAAAGUCGACUACGAGCUCCUUGAAGACUGGUUUUCGGAUUGGAUGCAAACAUCGCCAACCUCACGAAGUCGAGGGAACUUUGCGGAUAGAGGUUACGGGAUGUUGAUGCGUACGAUCAGCCAACUUGGGCCUGUGGACCACCUUGAUGACGCAGAAGAAUCGGACUCCAAUUUCUACAGCGAUGGAAGAUUGAAAGAGAACGCCAUGAUAUAUGUGACCGACCCCGUCUACCGAUCUCAGAAUCAUCCAUUGAGGCUCAUGAUCCAGAAAGACGAGAGUAAAAUGCUCCUGAAUCACCCGGUUGUGCGCCUGAUGUUCCGCUACAAGCACAAAUCAACGCGGCUCAAAUACUGGAUCAGUCUGUUCCUCCAGCUGACCUUGGUGAUCCUGGUAACCGGACAUAGCCUGGUCAUUCCUCCGCCAUUUUACAUAGAAACAAACGAAGAUGGCACCAACUAUACGUGGUUGGCUGAUGGGUACACCAAGUGGCUCGACAACAUGAAUCCGUCGGCUCUUGUUGUCUUUGGUCAAAUCGGUACCUGGAUAAUCAUCGUGCUCACUCUCAUCUACUUCAUAGAAUUCGCUUACCGUGUGUGGAUCUACAGACACUCGACAUUGAACUCCAUCCGCGGAUUAGCCAGCAUUGUUCGAGAGACGGCCCUUCUUAUCUUCAUCAUCCUCUUUGUCAUACCUGGCCUUGGUGAAUGGACAUAUGGCCAUGGGGUCAUGUUCAAACCGGAUUGGCAAUGGCAGCUGGGUGCAUUCGCAGUGUUCCUCACCUGGUUCAAUUUCAUCCUCUUUCUUCAGACCGUCCCAUUCUUUGGUUUAUAUAUCUUCAUGUUCCUCGAGGUUCUAUCGACUCUUCUGAACUUCAUCUUCGUAGUUGGUAUUUUCAUCCUGGCCUUUGCUGUUGUCUUCUGCAUCCUUCUCUUGAACCAGGAUCCUUUCCAUACAAUGGGGAACUCCAUAGCUAAGAUACUGGGCAUGGCAACGGGAGAGCUCAACUUUGACACGGUCUUUCAUUCCCUGGACUACCUCUACCAGCCUGUGGCCUCUAUUGACUUCACAAACAUGGUCUUCUACCCAGCCUCUACACACAUCAUCUUCUUCUUGUUCAUUAUCUUCAUGCCGAUACUCAUCACAAACCUGCUGACUGGUUUAGCCGUGUACGACAUUGAGAUUAUCCAGAAGAAGGCCAAAAUGUACAAACGCACACUGGAAGCCAAAGGCAUCCUGGAUGUGCAGGAUAACUCGGUCAUCUUGCUUUGGAAGCACAGUGUCCUACGUGACCAGGUGAAGAGCAUCCGAACCGAGAUCUCGCCCAUGCACAAGCUGUACUACAAAGCCAUUGGUUACAAAGAGAUUCACGAUCAGCUCGUCGCCUUUCUUGAAGAACUGGAGAAAACGGGAAGCGUGCAGUUCACCAAAACAACGGAGAUGAAGAUCGAAGACAUGGCCGAAAACAUCAGCGACAUGAGGAACAAACUGAUAAUGCUCUCCGAGAAUGCGAUAGACUCGAAGAUAGAGCAACUGGAGUCCAUGAACAGCAUGCAGGAACUGAAGCAACAGAUGCAGUCGCUCCAGGAAAGGUUUGAUAAGAUAGAUAACAAGAGAGGUUACUAGGUGUCCACCCCUUGUCACGAUAAAGUUCUGAAGUGAUGACAUCACCAAAAAAUUUUUUUUGCAUUUUAGCAUUUUUGAUACCAUAUUUCAAAAGAGCGUGAUGAAACACUUCUUCUACGCAAAUUUGGUAGGAGUCGGUCCAUGGGGGAUUUAGAUAUGACCUCAUGAAUACGUAAUGAGCCCCUUUGAAGUCAAUGUAUUAUUGGCGUGGUUCUAAAUGUUAGGCUACAAUGGCUCCGUCGUAAAUAAUAAUAUGAUGAUAAGUUUGUAUAGCGCAAGUACUAUAUAGAUAUAUUCUACUGCGCUUUGGUUACUCCUAUCUCUUAUACUACUUACUAAAAAUAAUGAUCUACUUAAACGCUUCCCUGCACAGAUGUGUCUUCAAUAUUGUUUUGAAAUCAGGUACAUAUUGGGCCAUUCUAUUCAAGAGGAAGUUGGUUCCACAGUUAAAUAUCUAAAUGAACCAUCUCCAAGAGUUGUUUUGGUUUUAGAGCAGGGUACUUUCAACAGGAAUCUAUCCUUAUCCCUUUACAGAUUGUGUGAGGUUGAUGGCAAUUUCAAGGAAAGCAGUUCUGAAAGAUAACUAUGGAUUUGGCCAUUCAAUGCUUUAAACACCAGUAGAAGUGCAUGUAUCUUAAAAUUCCACAAACUAAUCACAUGACCAACUUCAACCCUGGAUUUAACAUUGUACCCUACCCUAAACCUAACAUAAACCCUAUUGCAACCCUAACCCUACAUCUUAGAGGAAAUAAAGCCCCGAGCAAUUGUCGCUAGAGCAAAUGUCGUGGCACCGCUCAACUCAUGAUCAGUGUGCGUAGAUGCACCAGAGAAAAAAAAAAUUCCUGGGGCUUUUUCUUUUUUAAGCUCACCAGUCCAAUUUUGCUACAUUGUAUUACAAUUUAUAUUAGACCUUAUAGGAACAUCAGGGACUCUUAUUUCGUUUUUCAUGGCUUUGUGGGGCAUUCUGUUUCUGUUUAUGGUAACUUCCGGAGGAACUCAGCAGGACAGCGUUUUGCUGUACCAGGUCCUUCGGAGAGGACCAUAAGCCGUCGGUCCUCUGGUUGCUUGCUUACCGGCAUUCAUGCUUUCUUAG